AUGGAUACCUCAGACUCCUCUACAGACACAAAAGUAACCAUUAUGUCGUACAAUGUUCAAAUGCUGUCCGUUCCUUUGAGCAAUAAGUUAAAUUUAUCGACCAGACAAAAUGCGGUAAUUGAUUACAUAUGCUUCCUGGAUGAUCUGUACGACAUAGAUAUUCUUGUUCUAAACGAAGUGUUCACAAAGAAUUGCUAUGACGUGCUUACCAAGGGAAAAGUGAAGGAUAAAUUUCCGUACCAUACUAAUGUGAUUGGGAGCAAGUGUGAGGAGUCUGGGAGGUGUAGCACCUCCAUCGUGCAGGUCGAGAACGGCGCAAGGGCAGCCCCAGGGGACCUGAACAGGAAGUUCGUCAUCACGAAGGUGGCACCCUCGGAAGUAGCCACAUUAGGAGAAGCCACUCCAAGGGAACAGGAAACGUCGUCCCUUAACUCAAGUGACACAAACCAUAACGACCAGGAGGAAGAGGAUGAGACGCUAAACCUGGAUUCCAGUGACACGGACAACAGGGAAGAUUCGGGGUGCAUUCUAUCGUUCCACUGCGGGCUUGAAAGGGGAAAAAAGAUAAAGGGAAAGCCAAACCAUCACAAUUUGGAGGCGGGGACGAAUAGUAGGGGCGGGCAUAACGACAAAGAAGCACAGUGCAGUGAAACGGAUGACGAAAUGGCCAUCCAGGGGGAAGGGCAAAAUGUGAACUUGAAUAGUAGGGACGCCGUUGGCGCAGACAAACUGAGCGAUAAGUCGCAUACUCUGCAAAGCACCAAGGGGGACAGCAAGAAGGAUGGUAAGUUGAGCAUACAGGGUAGUUACCGAGCAGAUGGAAAUUUGCGCACACGGAGUAGUUACUGCACAGAUGGUAAUUUGAGCACAAUAAGUAGUAACAACGCGGAAGGGGCUCUCACAAACGCCAUUUGCGACAUUACCAGCGAUGCCAAAACGAGCAUAUCUAACAGUGUGAGGAAUGGACAAAAUGUAAAAGAGCAAAAGGGGGACGAUAGGAACAAAAAAAAACAGCACAAUGCAGCGAGCAGCUUCGAUUCUGUAUCAGGGAAGACAAAAUUUUAUCAAAUCCUAAACGGAGGAGUCAUCGUUUUUUCCAAACACCCCAUUAUGCAAAAUCACGCAUUAAUAUUUAGUGAUUGUAAAUUUCCAGAUAUGUUUUGCACAAAGGGUGCAAUUUAUUUAAAAUGUUUUGUUCAUAAUAAACCAGUGAAUGUGAUAGCGACUCAUUUGCAAGCAGGAGAUACAAGUGAUCAGCAGAAUUGCAGAUGGAAGCAAUUGAAUGAAUUGAGCAACUGGGUAUAUAAUGGAACACCAAGUUUUCAUAUAAGAAAAAAUGAACCCCUUUUUUUUGUUGGUGAUCUUAAUAUUAGGUAUGAUUUAGAUAAAUUAUUUUUUGAAAAAGUACUGUCCAAUGGUUGCUUAAACAGCUACGUGACGAAGAAUGCACUCGAGACGACCUUCGAUUCAUACCUCAACGACUACUGCAUGCAUAUGGAGCGUGAUUACUCCUUUAUAUAUAAGCACACGUUAGACUACAUAUUGGUAAGUAGCGACUCUGAUGUGAAGACCCUCGUACCGCAGACAGCUAUUCAAAAGGAAUACAAGCCAAUUAAGAUUAUAAAAUCGUUCCUGGGCUUUAUUCCUUACAAAUGUAUUCAUAUGCAUCACCCUAGUGACCACUUCCCCAUAUAUGCCACUUUCAAAAUUCCGAAUUAG